AUGAACCAAAAUUUUAUUAAAAUAAUAGUAACUGGAUCAAAUAAAGGAGUUGGAUAUGGUAUAGUUGAAAAUUUGAUUCAAAAAUAAAAUUAUCAUAUAAUAAUGGCUUGUAGAUCUUUAGAAAGAGGAAAUGAAGCAAGGAAGUAAUUAUUAUAACUUUAACCAGAGGCAAUGGUGGAUGUUUUAUAACUCGAUAUCUCAAAUGAAUAAAGCAUUAAUAAUUUUAUAAUUUAAAUAGGCUAAAAAUAUGGAACAAUAGAUAUCUUAUUAAAUAACUCAGGAAUUGCUUUUAAAGGAGAUCAAUUAGAUGGUGAAGUUGUUCGUUAGACUUUUUAAACAAAUUUUUACGGAACUGUUUAUCUAUCUGAAUAGAUGAUUCCUUUAAUUAACUAAAAAGGGAAAAUAUUAAUCAUUGGUUCAUCUCUUGGAAAAACUAUUCAUUUAAAAAAUGAAAAUUUGAAAAAAUAAUUUAAAGAUUAAAAUUUAACAAAAGAUGGAUUAUUUUAAUUAGCUAAACAAUUCUAAGAAAAUGUCGAUAAUAAUACUUAUAUUCAAAAUGGAUGGCCUAAAAAUGCUUAUGGAAUGUCUAAAUUAUGUAUUAAUACUUAUGCAAAUUUAUUGUCUAAUUACGAUGUAAUUAAAUAAAAACAAAUUUUAGUAUUUAGUUGUUGUCCAGGAUGGGUAAGGACUGAUAUGACAGGACAAUAAGCUACUAGAUCUAUAUAAGAAGGAUCUGUUUGUCCGUGUUAUAUAGUUGAAUUAGAUCAUAACGUUGGUUAAUAAUUACAAGGUAAAUUCUUUUAUGAUUAGAAAGUAGUUGAAAUAUGAUAAAAAUUGGACAUUAUAUUGGAUUGCAAUAGAAUUAUAUUUAAAAAUAUUAAUAAAUAUUAAUUAUGUAUUUUUAACGAAAUAUAUUAAAAUAUUCUAUAGA